GUACUUCGGCCAUCUUGUACAACCGUGGCGGGAAAGCGUUCGGAUACGACGAUGUUAAAAAUCACAGCUAUUCUUUCAUUAUUUUUGAUAGGUACAGCGGUAUGGGCGCAGGGUCUCUCCUGCGAUUCCUGUGGCAGCGAGUGUGCAUCCGCCUGCGGCACACGGCACUUCCGGUCAUGCUGCUUCAAUUAUUUGCGGAAGAAACGACCGGAUACCAUGAAUGUGCGCUAUUACAGCGGUGGUACACGGCCGAACGAAAUCCCAACUUAUGCGGAGGACAUGCCCGACGUCAGAUUCGCGUGGUUAAAUGACAAAUUACAACCAAACAUGGAGGAUUUUUACGAUAGAGAUUAGAAAUAUAUCGUUUAUUGUAGAAAAUAUGCGACUGCAAUAAGAGAUCAAAUGUUAUUUUUGUAAUAUUAUAAAAUUAUGCUGGUACGAUUAUCCGAAAGUAAUGACAGUUAAGUUUGUUUUUUUUAAUUUCUUCGCGCCAAAGAUCUAUGAAGUGAACACCUAUUUAGUUCUGACUUUUCCCACCUGGAAUCAGUAUUGCUUUAUGACUUCUAUGUAACUUACCUGAUUAUUAAUAUAAUAUAAUUGCUAAUGUAAUUUUAUUUUGAUAUUAUAAUAUUUCAAAGAGUGUAUAA